AUGUCAGAGGGGGCGGGCACAUUCCGCAUGGUCCCUGAAGAGGAACAGGAGCUCCGUGCCCAACUGGAGCGGCUUACAACCAAAGACCAUGGACCUGUCUUUGGCCAGUGCAGCCAGCUGCCCCGCCACACCUUGCAGAAGGCCAAGGACGAGCUGAAUGAGAGGGAGGAGACCCGGGAGGAGGCGGUGCGGGAGCUGCAGGAGCUGGUGCAGGGGGAGGCAGCCUCGGGGCAGGAGCUGGCCGUGGCCGUGGCGGAGAGGGUGCAGGGAAAGGACAGCGCCUUCUUCCUGCGCUUCAUCCGCGCGCGCAAAUUCCACGUGGGCCGAGCCUACGAGCUGCUCAGAGGCUAUGUGAACUUCCGGCUGCAGUACCCAGAGCUCUUCGACAGCCUGUCCCUGGAGGCUGUCCGCUGCACUGUCGAGGCUGGCUACCCUGGUGUCCUCUCCAGUCGGGACAAGUAUGGCCGAGUGGUCAUGCUCUUCAAUAUUGAGAACUGGGACUCUGAAGAAAUCACCUUUGAUGAGAUCUUGCAGGCAUACUGUUUCAUCCUGGAGAAACUACUGGAGAAUGAGGAAACUCAAAUUAAUGGCUUUUGCAUCAUUGAGAACUUCAAGGGCUUUACCAUGCAGCAGGCUGCCGGACUUCGGGCUUCAGAUCUCAGGAAGAUGGUGGACAUGCUCCAGGAUUCCUUCCCAGCCCGGUUCAAAGCCAUCCACUUCAUCCACCAGCCGUGGUACUUCACCACAACCUACAACGUGGUCAAGCCCUUCUUGAAGAGCAAAUUGCUCCAGAGGGUCUUUGUCCAUGGAGAAGACCUCUCCAGCUUCUACCAGGAGUUCAACGAGGACAUCCUGCCCUCCGACUUUGGGGGCACACUGCCCAAGUAUGACGGCAAAGUCGUUGCUGAACAGCUCUUUGGUCCCCGGGCCCAAGAUGAGAACACAGCCUUCUGA